GCUGCCAUGAGCAAGUGCAGCCGGUGACGGGGAAAGAUGCCCGGGGUCCUGCCCAGCGAGAGCCACGGGCUGCUGGCGGCCAGGGGGAGCCCCAAGAAGAGCCGCCUAUCUCUCAAGUUCUUCCAGAAGAAGGAAACCAAGAGGGCCCUGGAUUUCACGGGGGAUGCCCAGGACGAUGAGGACCGCGGGCCUCCCGAGGCGGGGGGAGCCGGAGGAGUAGCUGCUCCCGAAGUUGAUCAAGUGGUGCCCGCAGCUGGAGUAGCCCAGCCCUCCCCCCUGGGCACCUGCGACAAGAGGGAGACCCUCCUGCCCUUCGUGGGGCUCAACAACUUGGGCAACACGUGCUACCUGAACAGCAUUCUGCAGGUGCUGUACUUUUGUCCUGGAUUUAAAACUGGAGUCAAACACUUGUUUAAUGUCAUUACAAAGAAGAAAGAAAUCCUCAAGGAUGAAACCAAUCAAAAAGUGGAGAAGGGAAAUGGCAAAGAUGACAACCUGGCAAGUUAUGAAUUAAUAUGCAGUUUACAGUCUUUAAUAAUUUCAGUUGAACAACUUCAGGCCAAUUUUCUUUUGAAUCCAGAGAAAUAUACAGAUGAACUUGCUACUCAGCCACGGCGGCUACUUAACACUCUCAGGGAGCUGAACCCCAUGUAUGAAGGAUAUCUCCAGCAUGAUGCUCAGGAAGUAUUGCAAUGUAUCUUGGGAAACAUUCAGGAAACAUGUCAGCUCUUAAAGAAGGAGGAACUGAAGAACAUGCCAGGAGAGCUGGAGGAAAAGCCUUCUCUAAGAGAAGGCAGCGAAAUGAAUGCCCCAGAGGAUGAUGAAGCAUCAACUUCUGCAGAUGGGAAGGACAAGAUCCCCAAGGGGAAUGGGAAAAGGAAAAGCGACAAUGAAGUGGGGAAUCCCAAGAAGAAGUCUAAGCUGGCCAAGGAGCAGGCUUCAUCUGAAGAGAACCAGAGACAGACCAGGUCCAAGAGAAAGGCCACCGGGGAUGCUGCUCGCUCAGAAAGUUCUCCUGAAGCGAUCCCCAAGUGUGCCACUGAAGGAGACCCUGCCCGGCCGACCCAGAAGAAAUCAAGACUCAAGCUCAACUGGCUAAAGCCCACGACAAAGCAGCCCAGCAUCCUUUCCAAGUUCUGUAGUCUGGGGAAGAUCACGACACACUCGGGACCCAAAGGACAUUCCAGAGAAGCUGAUGACGGCGAUCAUGAAGAGGACUCCAAGUGUGAGCCCAGGAGUUACUUGAAAGAUGAGUCUGGGGAGCCUGCACCCCCAGGCAGGAGCACGGAGGACAAGGAGACACAGGCCUUAAGAAACAAAGGGAUGGAACAAGUUUGUUUUGAGCUGGUGGAGAAGUUAUUCCAAGGCCAGCUGGUUUUGAGAACUCGGUGCUUGGAGUGUGAGAGCUUAACAGAGAGAAGGGAAGACUUCCAGGACAUCAGUGUGCCGGUCCAAGAGGAGGAGUUUUCCAAAGUGGAGGAGAGUUCAGAAAUUUCACCAGAGCCCAAGACAGAGCUCAAGAGUCUCAAGUGGGCCAUCUCGCAGUUUGCCUCGGUGGAGAGGAUCGUGGGAGAGGACAAGUACUUCUGCGAGAACUGCCAUCAUUACACGGAGGCCGAGCGCAGCCUCCUCUUCGACAAGAUGCCCGAAGUCAUCACCAUCCACCUGAAGUGUUUCGCCGCCACUGGCUUGGAGUUUGACUGUUACGGCGGUGGCCUGUCCAAGAUCAACACCCCGCUGCUGACGCCCCUGAAGCUGUCCCUGGAGGAGUGGAGCACGAAGCCGACCAACGACAGCUACGGACUGUUCGCGGUCGUGAUGCACAGCGGCAUCACCAUCAGCAGCGGCCACUACACCGCCUCCGUCAAAGUCACCGACCUGCACAGCUUGGAGCUCGACACGGAACACUUCAUGGUCGACCAGACGGACGAGAUGGGCAAGGCCGACCCCCUGGGGGAGGAGGAAGCCAAGGCUCUGGCCGAAGACUACGACGACGAAGUGUCCUUCAGGGUCAGCGGGGGCUCCCAGGCCAGCAAAGUUCUGAGCAAAAAGAACGUCGAGGCCGUCGGACUUCUCGGAGGCCAGAAGAGCAAGCCGGACUAUGAGUUUUAUAACAGCCACAAAGCGGCGAAUCCCGAGAAGGUGGUCGGGGCUGCGGCUGAGAGCAGAAACCCCGAGUCCAGCAGCACCCCCGGGGCCCAGGAGCUGGACAGAGACAAGGAGGCCGGCGGCCACAUGGACGCUCAUGCAAACGGGCCUGAAAACAAGGCCUCCUACGUGCUCCAGAGCUUGAAGGAGUACGAGGGCAAGUGGCUGCUUUUUGAUGAUUCUGAAGUGAAAGUGACGGAGGAAAAAGACUUUUUGAAUUCUCUUUCGCCUGCGACAUCUUCCACGUCCACUCCUUACUUACUGUUUUAUAAGAAAAUUAUAGAGUGAGUGUAUUUUCUUUGUGUAUAUAAACAGAUUGGGAUAAUCUUAUAAAUAGAGGUGACAGCAAGGACUCCUUGAGGUAGCAGCAGCAGCUCAUUUGCCUUCGGAAGCUCCCGGGUUAUUUACUGGUCUCUAGUUUUCCUAUGAAUAGCGAAAUUGGAAUGAUUGAAACCCCCGUAAUUUCUAGAGUUCAUUUUCCACGUUCACUAACCAAUCUGCUGGAGACUAGCGAGCGGCUUGCUUCUGAGGACAAACUGGUGUAGGUUCUUGAACAAUUUGUCCAAAUAGAGCUCUUUAAAAACACUUUUUUAAAGAAGUUUUACACCUGUCUUGUAUUGGCUUUUAAAAAUAAAGUGCUGUAUUUGUAUUUUCCAUAUUUGGGAAUAAUUCUAUCUACUGCCAAAUGUUUAUAGAUCGUGUGGUUUUGUAAUUAGGAGGCAGCUCUCUCAUUGCAUUUAGUUUUAUGACUGAGUUAUGAAACAGAAUCUCUGAAGGCUGUUAGACACACAGAUUCUAGAACUUGCAUGUUCACAGCGGUGUUAAUUUUGUGCCUUGAAUCACUUUGGAAGGUAUAUCUCAGAAGGCCUGGCGCAGCAUCCUUGCCCAUCACUAUCCUAGGAAGGAUUUUAUAUAUACAUAUAUAUUUAUGAUUAUGAUUUUGUACUUUAGCAGAUCAGCCUAGGUUUGGACAGAGUAGUCUGUAUUUCUUCAUAGUCAUAUUGCUAUAUAAUUUGUAAAUAGGAUAUAAAGAUUUAGACGUAUGACCUUUAGGCUUUUUUUUUUUAAGCAGGGAGGGCGAUUCCAUUUUAAAAUGCUUAUUAGCAACUAUGUAUACAAACGCACUCAAGUUUUGUACUUACAGCUUUCUACCCUACAGCAUCUGGUUUCUUUUCAAGAACAGAAUUUGUGUAUAUAUGUGGAAUAAACAUUCAUAAUUACCUUUA